GGGAGAUUGUAAAUUUUGUGCCCACGACAGAUAGGUGUCCAAGAACUAAAUGAACUGGAAGACAUGGGGCAUAUCAGUACCUUAUUGCAGCAAUGCUUUGUGGAUCAGGGAGAAUCUCACUCGCAUGCCUGUUCGGUCGUCUCGCGGAAGCAGCGCCGUUUACAGAGUUCUACUGACGGCUACGACUUUCUCGCUGGAAAUGCACCUGGCGAUGGCGACAUCUCUAUCAUGUUUGCUUCAAACAUCACACCUCGGAGAAAGACGAGAGUAUCCGCUAUCUCACGCAGACAACUUGUUUCCUCAUUCUUUUCGCGUGGCUCUCUUUCCGCAGCAAGAAGUAACGGACGAAGGAACGCCUUUGAUGGUGCAACCUCCUUCGCAGCCGGUGACCCGGCACAUUGCACGCGUAAUUAUAGUCGCAACUGUCCUGAGGGAUGGAAUGACACUGACGGAGCGGGAAAUUGUUGGCCCCCACCUUCGUACCAGGGACCGUGCGAGAACAUACAGGUCCGCGGAGGCGAAAGCGUUUCCGAGAAAGAGGCGCAUAGUCAUCGUUGCCGAGUAAAAUGGCCCUGCGUGCCAGGCAGUAUACCUUAAGGCCUGCAAUAACGUACGGUAUCUCUUCUUGUGAUUCAAGGUAAUUACAAAGUGGGUCGUUUGUUGUAACGAUCAUGAUUUGGAGGACAUUAGAUGUGGCUCAUGCAAUCCUGCCUAUCAUGGUCAAAGAGUAGAGAUGAGUUGCUCGAAUUUCCACGUAGCAACGCACGCGGGGAUCCGAUCGUGCGGCGACCGCAGGACUUUUCACAGAUCUGUCCAAGCAAUUGGGUCAUUAUAAAGAAAGGCGGUGCUUUGGAGGGCGCAGACAAGCCGUCGUACGUGUGUAAGGCGCCAGAGAGCUACACGGGGCCCUGCUUUCCUGUGCAAAAUCUGAAAGACUUGACACCUUCGGAGCGGCGGCAAUGGAGUGAAAUUUGCAAGGAGCGGUGGCCCGAAAAACGGAGCGCGCUAAAUCAGUGCCCGAAUGGAGAGGACUGGACGUAUCCCUGUCCGAGAGGCUGGGACCAUGCCAAAAAGGUACUUUUAAACUUCGACUCAAAAAGUCCUGAGGAUUCGCAGGACUUACUUGCAAUCCUAUGUAUGUUGAAAACAGCUUCGUAUUCCAAGUUUUCAUACACCCACCGACAACAGCAACGUUUGUGUCUGGCGCCACCGGGAUGGCGCGCGGCAGGCACUAAGGCUCUGUAUUGCCCAAACGCAGUGAAGGUUUUCGAGGAUGCCGAGGAUAAGAGGGACUUUGUAGAGAAUUGUGGUCUCGAUGGUUGGUCCUGCCUCAAGCAAGGCGAAUGUCCGGGAGGUAGCACCCAUUGGUCUACUCCUUGUGCGCGCGGCUGGCGCGCGUUUAAGGGCUUCUGCCUUCCACCCGUCGACAAGACGCUAUUCGAAAAGACUACGAAAGAAUGCCGUCAUCCGUGGUUCAUGGCGGACGUGGCGGAUGCGGCGUAUUUGAAAAGCGUGUUUCCAAAGCGCGCACAGCGUAUAAAGGUGCCUUCGGAUGUUGUGGAAAAGGGGAAAUUCAUGUUUGGCGUACUGUGCAACGCAGUUUGGCCCUGUGACAAUCCGGAAGACAACAACGCGGCGCGAGCGGGCUUGGCACGGAAUGCAGAUGCCAUCGAUUUUUGAAAAUGGAGAUGGUCUCAUGUUGCCCGAUAUCUGUUUCUGUUUGUUAGUAUGUGGGCAAUACGAGGGUCGGCGCUGUUCCUCCGAUCCCUACGCGACUCCUUUUGAGUAGUUUUUUUGAAGUAAGUAGUCAAUGAAUCAUAUGCGUAUGAUACAAGUAGCAGAUGGUGGAAUUCUGGCGCAAAUGACUCCUUUUGACCUGCUCACAGAGUAUGAGCACACAUUUGGUUCGAGAU